AUGACCAAUUCCCGAUUAUUGCUGGCAGCACAUUACCAUGGAUUCGUUACGGCACUACCCGUCUCGAAGGGCUACAACACAGUGGUGGUGGUGGUGGAUCGAUUAAGCAAGUGGCGUUGCUACAUUCCAACCACCAAGGAUGCAACAGCGGAAGUGACGGCCCAAGUUUUCUUUGAUCAUGUGGUUCGUUACUAUGUAAUUCCGGCAAGAAUUGUUAGUGAUAGCGAUAGCAAAUUUUGA